AUGGUGUGUAGUAGUCACUUUAAAGCUAAAUACGUUCGAUUUUUAAUUAAAUAUCACUUGUUCAUAUUUUGUUGUGUAUUUAUUAUGACAAGUAUUUGUAUAAGUUUUAUAAUAUAUAAACGUACUCAAAUUAAUUAUGAACAUUUAUUACGAGGUUUUCAAGCACAUGGAACAAAAACAUCCGACGCAUAUCGAAAAUUAAUUGCACUUAUACGUGAAACUCAAAUAACACAUUUAUAUCCUCAUUCAUCUGAUAGCAAAGCAUUUCAACAGACACCAUAUCCGUCUUUCAAUCCACAUAUUAAUCCAUGUACGAAACGAUUUUAUCUAUCACAAUGUCCUAUACUUCCUUAUACAGAAUUAACAUUCGAAUUUAAUAAUAAUAAUACAAAAUUAUUUGAUGAUAUAAAUACAUUUAAAUUUAUUUGUAAACUAGAAUGGAAUUUACGUACUAAUUAUACAAAUUGUUCAAUGAACCAAUCAUGUUGUCAAUUCAUUGGACCAGUUGAUCUUCUCUUUCCUAAUGAAUUUCGAUCAUUUGAACAAUGUGAUAAUAUAACACAAAAUGAAUUUGAAGAAUAUCAUAAUCAAUGGUUAUUAUGUACAUCAUCAUCAUCAUCAUCUUUAUGUUUAAAUUCUAAACUUAAAAAAUAUUUAACUUAUCUUGAAUCAUCAUUAAGAUUUAAAAUUUAUUUAACAAUUGAAAAUGAUAAAAACAAACUUUUACAUCUCUAUGAUAAUCUAUAUAAUUAUAAAUUCGACCAAAUCUUUUAUUUAAAAUUCGUACAAUUUGAUUUAAAUGAUGAAGAAAUUCUUUUAAAUUAUUUUCUGAAAAAAAAUCUUUAUUUCAUUUCUCUUACAAUAUUUCUUUACUUUUUUUGUCUUCUAUUAUUUGUCAAAAAUUUAUUCUUUAUUUUAAUAAUUAGUUGUCAUAUAUUAUUAACAUUUUCUUCUUGUUUUAUUAUUUAUUUUUAUUUAUUUCAUUUUCCAAUAACAAUAUUAAAUUAUACAAGUCUAACAUUAUAUUUAUUUUUAAUACUUAUUGAUUCAUUUUUAUGGUAUAAUUGUUGGUUUAUUAAUAAUCAUAGACGUGAUGAUUGUACAAUUCAACGUAUUAUUGAAAAUUUGCUCACACAAACAUUUUUUUAUUUAAUGCCAAAAAAUUUAACAGCUAUUAUUGCACUUGUUAUUACAUUUACAAAUCAAAUUAUAGCAAUACAAUGUUUUACGGUGUUUUCUUUUUUACUUAUAUUAAUAUCAUUUUUUAUUUCAUUUACACUCUAUCCAGCUUCAUUUAUAUUUAUUCUUCGUUAUCAAUCAUCUAUUCCAACAAUUGAACAUCUUUCUUAUCGUUUUAUAACAAGUACAACAAGUUGUUUUAUUGAUCGGACAAUUCCAUGUCUUAUCGUACGAUUUAAAGGAUUCUGGUUAACUUUAUUUACUAUAAUAUCAUGUUUUGCUCUUGCUAUUAUAUUUCAAUGGCCGAAAUUACAAUAUGAUGUAUGUCGAUUAACAUUUGAUACAUUACCAGUUCAUUUUUCAUCAAAUAUUAAUGAAAAAUCAUUGAAAAGUAUAGAUAUUGAUGUAACAUAUUAUAUUGGUUCUCGAUGGGAAGUGCCAUAUGAAUCAUUAAUACCACUCAGGGAUAUUCCAAUACUUAAUUAUAAUCGAGAAGAUCGCCUUACAUCAGAAGCUGCUAGAACAUUUUCAUACGCAUUAAACGAAAAUUUAACACAAUUAAUCCAAUUUUGUUCAACAUUAAAAAAUGAAAUAAAUAAAAAACAAUUAGAACAUACAGAUUAUCAUUCAAAUGUAUCAUCACAAAUACUUGACAAUAAUUCAAUAAUAAGUACGUCAACUCAAGCUGAAAAUUUACUAUUAAAUAAUUAUCAUUGUUUCGGUGAUUUAUCUUCAUCAAAUAUUGAUUCUUCAUUAAUAACCGAUACGAAAUUUUCAACCUAUAUUCUAUCUCAUAGUAAUCAAAGAACCAAUUGUACAUCAUUAUGUCCAUCAAAUCUAACAGAUACUAAACAACAAUGUUUAUCAUGUUUAAAUUCAUUAUAUUAUUCUUCAUUAAAAAAUAAUGAUUUAAUUUUAAUAAAAAAUGGUUUACGAUAUAAAAAUGAUGGACAAAAUCCUCGUUAUCUAUUUCAAACAAUGAAUUAUAAAUGGUUAUUUGAAACAAAUUUAAAUAAUUAUAUUGAAUGGUAUAAUUUAGUAAAGAAUUUAAAACGAAAUUUUAUUACAAAUUUUUAUUCAAAAAUUUUUCCUGAAAUGGAUAUUUGGUGGACAAGUGAAAUAUUUUCAAGUUUUGCAAUCAUGGAACAAUUACAACAAGAAAAAUAUCUUUUUAUUUCGAUUAAAUUCAUUACCAUACUCAUUUUCUUAACACUAUUUACAGGUGUCUUAGGAAUAUUUGUUACAUUAACAACAUUAUUAAAUUUUGUUACAUGUAUCGCAACAUUAACUUUAUUAAAUUAUAAAUUAACAGUUGAAAAUAUGUCUUAUUUUGUAAUUGUACUGAUUGUAUGUUCACAAUAUUCAGUACUCUAUUCAAUAAGUUACAAAUUAGCACCAACAUUUUUCUUUCAACGUGAAAAUCGUACAAUGUAUUCACUUAAACAAUUAUGCACGACAUUAUUUAAUUUAACAUUUUCAAUUGUUAUCAUCUGUAUUCCUUGUCUAUUUUCUUCAGUAUCAUAUCUAUCAAAAUCAGCUAUGGUUUAUAUAAUUUCAUCUUUAAUUAGUCUGAUUUAUUCAACAUUCUUUCUUCAAUCACUUCUUUGUUUUAUGGGUCCAUCAGGACAUUUAUGUUUUUUUAUUCCAUGGCGUUUAAAAUUUACACGUACUUUAAAUAAACAUAACAAUAAUCAUAAUGAUAUAUCAUUACGAAGUUCAUCUACUGGUGGUGGUGGUGGUGGUGGUGGUACACGACGACAUCAUCGUCAUUUAUCUCAUCAUCGUAUGUCAACAUCAUCUUAUUUUGCUUCAUCAUAUUUCUCUCAAAUAUUUACUGGUUCAACUUAUUUCGAAAGUGAAUAUGGUGGUAUCAAUGAAAAUUCAGUUAUGGCUUCAAGACGACGUGAAAGUUCACGUAGUCAUCAAGCAUCACAUUUAAUUAAACAUGGUUCAUUAUUAACAGGAGAAUUAAUUGAAUUAUAUACACCACGUGCUAGUCUUGCACCACAUUUACAUCAUAAUCGUUAUUCAAGACAAUCAUCUGUAUCACGUGGUCUUACAUCAUUAACACCGGCGCGACCACUUUAUAUAUCUCCUUCUAUAUCACCCUAUUCACAAUUAAGUAUACAUUCACAAGCUCCUAGUCAACAACGUACACCAUCUCCUCGUAUUCUUCGACCAUCACGAUCAAGAUCACCACGUUCAUUUGCACCAAUAACAACUACAAAUUUACUUCGACCAUGUUAUUCAGCACCACGUCUACAUGUACCAUUACAUCGAGUACCAACAUCAAGUAUGAAGCAAAAUGAUGAUAUACUUGAAGAAACUCAAGUACCAAUUGUACAACCAACAAAAAAAACAGUUAUGAUUAUUCAACGACAAGAUGCUAUAGCAUCAACAGAUGAUAUUGAACAAUUAUCACCUAUAACAAAUUCAAAAUUAUCAGCUACUGCACGAAGAAAUUUAUUGAAAGCAACAACAACUGAAUCGGGUGAUCUUGUUUGGCUUAAACGAUCAAAUAGUAGUUAG